AUGGCCGUCAUUGCUGGAUCAUCCCAAAGACUUCGAGAGUGCGGGAGGCAAGGCGCCCUUCCAUGGACUCCCUUUUGGGUCUCUACCAAGCCAUUUGGAACCCCACUUGGACCUUAUUUCACUACUUGGGCUAUUACUGCCCUUGUGAUUCUUGCUAUCCCAUUUGGUGAUGCCUUCAAUUACGUGAGUGACCUUGGUGUCUAUCCGGGUGCGGCUUUCAAUUUUGCCAUGGCCGUGGGGCUCUACGCUGUGCGCUGGCGCCGCAGGCGUGCAAACCUCCCUGCUCCCGAGUUCAAGGCUUGGCAUGUUCUUGUUGUUUUCAAUAUUCUGGUCCAGUUGUUUGUGAUUAUCAUGCCUUGGUAUCCUCCCGAGGGUGGAAUGUACGCUGUCGAUGUCAGCUUCUGGUAUGCCACAUAUGUCGUGACAGGCAUCGGAAUUCUCAUCUCAUGCGGUGUGUACUAUUAUUUCUGGGCAUUCCUGCUACCAAAAUGGAAGGGCUACAGGCUGCGAUCAGAAGCCGUCAUUCUGGAUAACGGUGUUCAAAGUCAUGAGAUCAGAAAGGUCCCGAUUGGUGAGCUGGAUGAGUAG